CCUGGGACUUGCAGCCAGGGUGCCUUUGUGAUGGAGACCACCUCUUGCCAGGCCUGCUCUGCCUACGGUUGGCACAUCAAGACAUCAGAGGCCCAAGGGCUGUGGUGGACAUGGGGGCUCUGCACACCUACCCUCAGAGCACUGCCACACUGUGGUCCCAGUGCUUGUUUCUGUCCUUCGGAGGGACUGUUGCUCAAGGACAGCUUUCUCCCCAGGGCAGUCACAGGCCCUGCUUUAUCUGGUGAGAGCAAGAUAGGUGACUGGGCUCAGGACAGAAAACCCUUUGAGAAGGCUGCCUCCCACCUUCCCAGGCUCCCCAUGGGGUGCUAGACACUGUCCCCCAAGGUCACCCCUGAGGAGGAGGUAGAGGCCUUCCUCCCUUCCAUAUAAGCCAGGCCGCCCAGCCCCUCACAGCACUUAACCAUGCAGUGCCUACCUCUUAGCCAGCUGGCCCUGGUGGUGGUGGCCAUGGGGGCUGUGUUGAGGGCUGACACCUCCGGAGGAGAGGCACCAGCUGGGGGCUUCAUCUUCCACCAAGACUGGACCUGGCAGCCUGGCAGCCCGCAGGAUCCCCUGUGCCUGGUAUCGCUGAACAGGAACAACAAUGGGAGUAGAGGCCCCUUGCAGGUGGUGGGGACCCUAAGCAGCUACGAACACACCUUCUUGGAAGCUGUUGGGAGGUCCCACUGGGAACCCCAAGACCUGGCAACCUUUGGGGUCUGCAACCUCAGUGAUGGGCAGGCUGCCCUGUCCAGUCUGCAGCGCCUGGGGUCCUGGCUGGGGGAGCGGAGGGGUCUGCUGUUGGUCCUGCACCUGGCGGAAGUCACCUGGGAGCCAGCGCCCUCGCUGAGAUUCCAGGAGCCCCCUGCAGGAGCCAGCCCUCAGGAGCGGGCACUGCUGGUGCUGUACCCUGGGCCCGGCCCCGAGCUCACUGUCACUGGGGCUGGGCUGCCAGGUGCCCAGGGCCUCUGUCCGACCCACCGCACGCGUUAUCUGGUGCUGGCCGUGGACCGCCCAGCGGAGGCUUGGAGCAGCUCUGGGCUCACAUUGACGCUGCGGCCCCGUGGAGACGGUAGCCCCCUAAGCACCGCCCAGCUGCAGGCCCUGCUGUUCGGUUCGGACUCCCGCUGCUUCACGCGGAUGACCCCGGCCCUCUUCCUGCUGCGGCCUGGGCCUGCACCGCUGCCCGCCCACGGUCAGCUGGACAUAGUACCCUUCCCGCCGCCCAGGUCGUCCCCGGAGCCCGAGGAGCUGCCGCCCAGCACAGACCCCUUCCUGGAGACACUUACGCGCUUGGUGCGCGCGUUGCGAGGGUCCCCCACCCGGGUCUCGUCGCCACGCCUGGCCCUGGACCCAGGCGCGCUGGCUGCGUUCCCGCAGGGCUUAGUCAACCUGUCAGACCCCGCAGCGCUGAAACGCCUCCUCGAUGGCGAGGAGCCCCUACUGCUGUUGCUGCCGCCCGCUGCGGCCACCUCUGGGGACCCCGCGCCAGUGCAGGACCCCCCAUCAGCGCCCUGGGUCGACGGCCUAGCGCACCGUGUGGCUGUGGAGCUACAGGCUGCCGCCGCAGAGCUGCGCAGACUCCCGGGCCUGCCACCCGCAGCGCCCCCGUUGCUGGCGCGUCUACUGGAGCUGUGCCCCGGUGACCCCGAUGGCUCUGGCAGCCCUGGCAGCCCCCGAGACCCCAUGCGUGCGCUUCUGCUGCUGAAGGCGUUGCAGGGAUUGCGCGCCGAGUGGGGCGGGAGGGAUCAGCGCGGUUCCUCGAGGGCGCAGCGGAGCGCAGGGGCCACGGGAGCAGUGGAUGGGCCGUGCGCGCUGCGUGAGCUCAGCGUGGACCUGCGCGCCGAACGCUCGGUGCUCAUCCCCGAGACCUACCAGGCCAAUAACUGUCAGGGUGCGUGCAGCUGGCCGCAAUCCGAUCGCAACCCGCGCUACGGCAACCACGUGGUUCUGCUGCUGAAGAUGCAGGCCCGCGGGGCUGCUCUGGCGCGCCCGCCCUGCUGCGUGCCCACCGCCUACGCGGGGAAACUACUCAUCAGUCUGUCCGAGGAGCGUAUCAGCGCUCACCACGUGCCCAACAUGGUGGCCACCGAGUGCGGUUGCCGGUGACCCUGGCUGCACGGAUUCCAGCACCCCCGGCUAGCGCCCUUCCCCGUAUUUAUUCAAACCCCAAGCAUCGCCCCAAUAAAGACCAGCAUGCACCCAGCUGG